GUUUGCAUAGGGAUGAUCCUUUUUUCUUGCUCUUUCAGAGUCCUGGGUCUUUUGAGGUGGGAUCUGUUGAUUUCUCCAAGGAGUGUACUGCUCAGUCCAGGCCAGAGGGCCCUGACCAUGGAUGUCAUGCAAGAGAAUUAUGGGAAUGCCGCUCCUCUGGAUGAGGAUUCCUUUCCACCCUUAUUUGAUGCUGCUGAAGGCAAGAGUAGCCGUUUCACAUUGCAGUACACAGCUCCCAAGCCUGGCCUCAUCUCCUGGCUGGAGAAAGGGGAAGGUCCAUUUGCCCAGGAUUCAGCAGACUUAGAGGGAUCAGCCAGUAGCUGCUCAGGUGAUGAGAUGGAGAGUAAUGAAGAGGCUGAAGAACAUAGAAUGAAAGCUGAAAAGAACCAGAUGUGGAAGAACAGGGCCAUUGGUGAAGAACAGGCUGACUUACAUGUAAUUCCAAUGCCAGAAGAAGGUCAUGAAGAAAGCAGAGGAAAUAGUAACAGUAAGGAAACACUGUUGAUAUGCUCUGGCUGCGGAAAAAGCGUGACUCAGCAGAUCUAUCUUACUGAGCAUCACAUAGGAGAGAAAACCUAUAAAUGCUUGGACAGUGAAAACCAGUUCAGUCAUGGUUUAAGCCUUGCCUUGUAUCAAAGGUAUCGCAAAAGGGAGAAGAGUUACAAAUGUUUGGAGUGUGGAAAAAGCUUCUAUUGGAACUCAAACCUCAAAAGACAUCAGAGAAUACACACCGGGGGGAAGCCCUAUACCUGUUUGGUGUGUGGAAAGAGCUUCCAUCAGAGCACUUACUUAAAGUCACAUGAAAGAAUUCACACAGGGCAGAAACCGUAUGAAUAUUCAGAGUAUGAAAAGAGCUUCUGUCAGAGCACCGUCCUGAAAAAGCCUCAGAAGAUUCGCCCAACAGAGAAAUCUUAUGUAGGCUCAGCAUACGGUGAACAAUUUGGUCAUAGCGUGAGUCUUACUUUGUACUUAAGAAAUCACACUUGGACAAAGACCAAUAAGUGUUCGCAGUGUGGAAAAGGCUUUAGGUGGCACUCGGACCUUAAAAGACAUCAACUAAUUCACAAAGGGGAAAAGCCGUUUAAAUGCGCAGCGUGUGGAAAGAGUUUCAGUGACAGUAGGAAGCUUAAAUGGCAUCGAAUAGUUCACAAAGGUGAGAAGCCUUAUAAAUGCUUAGAGUGUGGAAAGAGCUUUUGUCGCCGCCUGUACCUCAAAUCCCAUCAGAGAAGUCACACGAGGGAGAAGCCCUAUAAGUGUUCUGAGUGUGGAAAGAGUUUCACUCAUGCCAUAAGUUUUAAAUGGCAUCAGAGAACUCAUACAGGCGAGAAGCCCUAUACGUGUUUGGAGUGCGGAAAGAGUUUCACUCAUAGUAUAAGCCUUACCUUUCAUCAAAGACUUCACACAGGAGAGAAGCCCUAUAAAUGUUUUGUAUGUGGAAAAAGCUUCUGCUGGAGCUCAAACCUUAAAAGACAUCAAAUAAAUCACAAUGAGAAGCAGCCACAUAAAUGCUCUCAGUGUGAAAAGCAAUUCAGUUCCAAAUCAGACCUUAAUUUGCAUCAAAGAAUUCACACGAGAGAAACACUGUAUAAAUGUUUACUGUGUGGAAAGAUCUUCUUUCAGAGCACGUUUCUGAUAUCACAUCAAAGGAUUCACAAAGGGCAGAGGCCCUAUAAAUGCUCAGAGUGUGAGAAGAGUUUCAAUCAUAGUUCAGACUUCAGUGCACAUCAAAAAAUCCAUCCAUGCUUGAAGCCUUACAUAUGUCCUGUGUGUGGAAAAUGUUUCAGCCGGAGCUCACAGUGCAAUGCACAUCAGAUAAUUCACACAGGUGAGAAACCAUUUAAAUGCGCAGAGUGUGGAAGGCUGUUUGGUCGCAAAGCUGAGUUGAAGUCACAUCAAAAAAUUCAUACUGGUGAGAAGCCGUAUAAAUGCUCUGACUGUGGAAAGAACUUCAGUUCCAGUGGAAACCUUAAAUCCCAUCAGCGAAUCCACACAGGGGAAAAGCCCUAUAAAUGUUUAGAAUGUGGGCAGAGUUUCCGUCACAGUUCACAUUUUACUGCGCACAAAAGAAUCCAUACAGGGGAGGAGCGCACUAAAUGUUCAGAAUGUGGGAAAAGCUUCAGUCAGACCACCAGUCUUAAAAUUCAUCAAAGAAUCCAUACUGGAGAGAAGCCACAUAAAUGUUCUGAAUGUGGAAAGCAGUUUCGUCGCAUGUCAGAUCUUCAGUUGCAUCACAAAAUCCAUACUGGCGAGAGACCAUAUAAAUGCGCCGAGUGUGGAAAGAGCUUCAAACUAAGUAAAAUUCUCAAAGCGCAUCAAAAAAUUCAUACAGGGGAGAAACCUUACAAGUGUUCAGAGUGUGGAAAGAGCUUCAUUGACAGCAGAAGCCUCAAAGUACAUGAAAGAAUACACACAGGGGAGAAGCCCUACAAAUGCACUGAGUGUGGAAAGACCUUCAGUCAAAGUGCCGCCCUGAAAGGACAUCAGAGAAUUCACACAGGAGAGAAACCAUAUAAAUGCUCAGAAUGUGGAAAGAGUUUCAGCUCCAGCACAUACCUGAAACUGCAUCAAAGAAUUCACACAGGUGAGAAGCCCUAUACAUGUUCAGAGUGUGGAAAAAGUUUUGGACACAGGACACACUUUAAACGACAUCAAAGAAUACACACAGGAGAAAAGCCCUAUCAGUGCGCAGAGUGUGGAAAGAGUUUUGGUCGCAACACACAUCUCAAAUCGCAUCAGAGAAUACACACAGUGGGGAAACCUGCCAAUCCUAGCAAUGAGUGAAUCUUCAGACCCAACACAACUCUUUUGACGGACUUGGUCUUGGACGAGAGCAUCUUGUAGCUGAGGAAGUGGGUUCUCUUGGCCAGUUGACCCUUAGUAAGCUAUACGGAAUUCACACUUGGGACCAGCUUUCUCGACCUUUCAAAGCAUGGCUGAAACUCUCUCUUGGCAUUACAUGAGCUAGAAAUUCAGCGGCAGCCAGCUUAGAGCAGGAGGUCAUGUGACUUCAGAAAACCACGCCCACUUGUGGUCGAUCAACGUUGACUGUGAUGGGUGACAUUCAGAUUCUGUGCUACCACAAGGAUGGAGGCGUGUGUGGAGGGGUCUUCUCAAGACACUUGUGUAAGCCGGUGUGACUUUUUCUGCGAUACGUCCUGGACUGAGGGUGGGGUUUUUUGGUUGCCCUCUUGCGCUGGGUUUGGCUGCUUCUUCGCAUCCUCUGCUGUAGUUGCUCCUCCGUUGAUGGGAUGCAAGGCUGGCUGGGGCCACUGGGCCUCUGGGUGGCCUGCCCCCUCUGGCCCCCCAGCCUCCCCUGAAAAAGGAAUCCGAAACAGGCUUUUGACAGGCUCGCCAGCAGUAGCUACUCCAGCCUUGCUUCCCCUAAGAGUCUGGUUCUGCUUGCUCCCUUUGCCCAGCUCGCCCCACUUGCCUGUUUGUCUGUAGUUUCUGCACUUGAUCUUCGGAGCAAAUUGGAUUGGCAUGUGUUCAGUGUAAACGAGAUAGGCCUAAGUGGAGCAGAGUGCAGGCCUCAUAGCUAUCAGUGGGCAAUACCUUGGCAUUGUUCCACAAACUAGCUCUCGCGAGCCGACGUUCCUCCUGCAAGCAAUAACCACAGACCUUUUUCCUUGCAAACUUUUCUUUCAUUUUCCAAAUGCGCAUCUUCCAGAAUGGAUCUCUGAGCAUGCAGAGAGUGGCUUGUUGAACCCAGUUUGGUGCUGACCUCCAGGAACUCUCCUUAUGAGCAUGCCUGGGCCCCAUCCCCUGGAGGGCCUCUCUGACGCGUUCUCUGCACACUGCUCCGUGAGUUGGGCCUCCCGUCUCUGCUGAUGCCUUGCCACAGGGUCACGAGCACAAGGAGACCUAGUCUGUGUCUAGGAAUUGCUCAUCCGCAGAGACCCCUCUCACUGGCUGUGCAUCUGGGUCGUUUCCAGAAACUGCCCGGCUUAGCAAACGGUUGGACCUCUCCCUCUCAGAACCCUGGCCUUGCCCGUCUUCCACAGUCAGACCAAAACUUGUCUCCCUUCCUGCCUCCGGAUCAUCUGGGAUACAGUCAGCAGUCUGUGGGGAUGAUUGGCCCGGACUGCCACCCUGCUCACUCCCAGCAGUUAGCUUCACUUGUCCGUCUGGCCGUAGGUUCCCCACUCGUUCCACCUCUGUGCAAAUGGGACCGGUGUGUGUCCAAAGCUGACGAGACGGACGUCAGUGGGGAGGAGUGCAGGCCACCCUGCUAACCAGUGGGCAGCGUCUAGUGGCGUCAUCCCACAAGCUGGUCCCGUAAGCGCUUACCUUGUGUGCGGGCAGUUGCACAGCAGAUUGCGUCAGUGUGAUGCACGUCCGUUUGUGCAGCCGUGUCUAACUUGGGUUCUUUGUGUGUCCAGAACAAGGCUUCUGUCAGUGCAGUGUCACUCGUGGACAUAAAUCAACCUGGCACCCACACGAGGGAAAGCAAUUCAGUGUGAGCUGGAUGCAGCCUUUGUGUUGAUCUGCCCCCACCCCCAAGCCAAAAUGUUGAUCUGCCUCCACCCCCAAGCCAAAUCUGCCCCCACCCCCAAGCCAAAAUGCUAUCUUGGGCUCUUUGGGAAAAAUACUGAUAUUUAUACAGCACAUAAAACUAAGGAAGACUAGCUAUUCCAGCUUCAUUGACUAAAUAUACAUAGAUAGAGAGAAAUAGGUCUAAAUAUAGUAAUGAAACAUAGGUUGAGUAAUGUUUUGGCCCAACAUUCCCAUCAACCUUCAUCACGGGCUCUGCUGGCUAGUGCUGAUGGGAGGGUUAGGCCAAGGCAUCUGGAGGACCACGAGUUGCUCAGCACUGACGCAGGUACAUCCGAUCUAAAUAGCAUUCAAGGAGUGGAAGAUCUGGAAAACAUCUCCGUGCAAAGCGGUCUGCAGAACACUUUGCGCAGUAGUGGUCACAGAGUGCGCAAGGAACUGUGGGAGGAAAAUGGCCCCUGUUUCCUCCUCUCCUCUCCCGUGCAUGAACCAACAAUUUCUGAAGAAAUGUAUUCAGGAAAUACCUGGGGGAAAGAACUUGCAGGCUCCUCAGUUCAUUGGAUCUGCCUUUCCCCUGCCCCCACGAGUCCUCUAAAAUAGCAUGUUGUUGGAGAAUUGUUUUCCUCUGUCUUGAUGUUCCAGAUCUCUGCACUCUACAAAUGAAGAUGGUCCUGCCUCCUAUCGACUCUUUUAAGUGCCUGGUUUUUUUAAUUGCUCGGAGAAACACUUGUGCCAUUGCAGCACAGGCUCUGCCCUGGAAGCUGCUCUGGCUGAAGUCAUUCUAAGGAUCGUAGGCUUCCUGUUAACCCCGUGUUAGCUAGUCAAUGGUGUUUCACUCACUGAAAGGCGGCAUCUCCUUUCCAAACCUCCCCUUGUCUUAGCUCUUUAAUAAAUGAUUGUUUAUUGGA